GAUUCUUCGAGAAAACAUUCGAAGUCAGAGGAACAAGGGAUCUAUUUUUCGAUCACAUCAGACGAAGCUGCCAAGAAUCGAUUAGAAUUUGCAAAUGGUUCUUCGAUCUCUCACCUAAUUUCUACCUUUGGAUCGAAUAUGAAUGGACGAGCGAGCAAUUCACCUUUGAGUAUAAAGGAGAAACACAUGUUUUCUGGGAUGGAUUCACAUUACAAAUUGGAACCAGGACAAAGAGCAUCACACACGAAUACACAAUCUAUACAG